CAGGUGCCCCGUCCGCCCGAGCCAUGGGCUCUGAAGUCGCACAGCUGCUGGAGGCUGCAGACUUCGCGGCUCGCAAGCACCGACAGCAGCGGCGAAAGGACCCGGAGGGGACCCCCUACAUCAACCACCCCAUCGGUGUGGCUCGCAUCCUAACCCAUGAGGCAGGAAUCACUGACAUUGUGGUGUUACAGGCAGCCCUGCUUCAUGAUACUGUGGAAGACACAGACACCACCCUGGAUGAGGUAGAGCUGCACUUUGGGGCACAGGUGCGGCGCCUAGUGGAGGAGGUUACAGAUGACAAGACUCUACCCAAGAUGGAGAGAAAGCAGCUGCAAGUGGAGCAGGCGCCCCACAGCAGCCCAGGUGCUAAACUGGUGAAGCUGGCAGACAAGCUGUACAACCUGAGGGACCUGAACCGCUGCACCCCAGAGGGAUGGUCAGAACAUCGAGUCCAGGAAUACUUCGAGUGGGCAGCACAGGUAGUGAAGGGGCUUCAGGGAACAAACCGGCAACUUGAAGAGGCUCUGAAGCAUCUGUUCAAGGAGCGGGGGCUAACACUCUGAGCCCUACCGGGGUGCAACUCCAGCCUUGCCCAGGCUGGGCAGGGUUUUCUGCGCCUCCAGAGUUCCCUCCCUUUCCCCUUAGCCCAGAUAUCAGAGGCCAAAAACUCUCAUAUUUUCUCACCCUGAAGCUCUCCUGAAAACAAAGCUGAACCCCAAACGUGAGAGUCAGAUGUAACCUACCCAUUUCUAGUGUACUCACUGCCUUUUCCCAGUCUUGUGUGUAUUUGCUGUUUUGCAAGACAAGAUCUCUGGUCCCUCAGGGAGGUGGGCUUGUAUAAAUACUAGUUUCUAAGUCAUUAUGGAAAAUAAAAGGAUUUGGGGUAAAGG